AUGUCGAGCGCCAAAGCCGGAAAGAAGGGCGGCCGUUCCGCUAUCGCCGAUGUUGUUACUCGCGAGUACACCAUCCAUCUUCACAGGAGAGUCCAUGGCGUUUCCUUCAAGAAGAGAGCACCACGAGCCAUCAAGGAGAUCCGUGCUUUUGCUGAAAGUGCUAUGGGCACAAAGGAUGUCCGCUUAGAUCCCCAGCUUAACAAGAAGGUUUGGGAGGCCGGUAUCAAGGGUGUUCCAUUCAGAUUACGCGUCCGCAUUAGCCGUAAGCGAAACGACGAGGAGGGUGCCAAAGAGAAGCUAUAUUCCUACGUCCAAGCUAUUAAUGUGAAGGACCCCAAGGGUCUGCAGACCUUUGUCGUUGAGGAGUAG